AUGGCGGACGAAGAACAAACCUUGGAAACCCAUGAAGAAGAAGAAGAAACGAUGGACGUCGAACAAUCCACAACGGAUGUCGAAAAAUCUGCAGAUGUUAAACAAGAAGACAGCAGCACGUCAGAUUCGGAUAAAAGUACAGAACAAGAAAAAUCGGAAACCGUUAAAGAAAAGCUGAAAACGGGUUUUGUAGAUUUGGAACAGAUGAAAGAAAAGUUUUCUAAGCUGCUUUUAGGAGAAGAUAUGUCAGGUGGAGGGAAAGGGGUUUCAUCAGCUUUGGCUCUAUCGAAUGCCAUCACAAAUCUUGCUGCUUCGGUGUUUGGAGAACAACGUAAACUAGAACCAAUGCCAGAAGAUCGAAAAAUGAGGUGGAGAAAAGAAGUCCGUUGGCUCCUAUCCGUGACUGAUCAUAUCGUGGAGUUUGUCCCCUACCAACAUACGGCCAGAGAUGGAUCAAAUAUGGAGAUUAUGGUAACAAAACAAAGAAAAGAUUUGCUCAUGAACAUUCCUGCGCUACAGAAGCUUGACAAGAUGCUCACAGAUUGUCUAGACAAUUUCAAGGAUCAGAAAGAAUUUUGGUACGUAUCUAAAGACGCAAAUGAAUCCGAAAAAGGAGUACAAAGAAGCGAUAAAUGGUGGUUACCUACAGUGAAAGUUCCUCCAGGAGGGCUCUCAGAAGAAUCAAGAAAAUGGAUGCAAAAGCAAAAAGAUUGUGCCAAUCAAGUCUUGAAAGCUUCGAUGGCCAUAAAUGCCGAAGUACUUGCGGAAAUGGAGAUCCCCGAGAAUUACAUAGACGAUCUCCCCAAGAAUGGUCGAGAUAGCCUUGGAGAUGCAAUCUAUAAGAGCAUCACAGUUGAGUUUUUCGACCCUGGGCAAUUCCUAGCAACCAUCGACUUGUCAUCGGAGCACAAAAUACUUGACUUAAAGAACAAAAUGGAAGCUUCAAUAGUCAUAUGGAAGAGAAAGAUGCAUCAAAAGGAGUCGAGAUCGUGGGGUUCAUCCAUGAAAAUGGAGAAGAGAGAGCUUUUCGAAGAGAGAGCUGAAACUGUUUUACUCCUACUCAAACAACGAUUCCCAGGACUUCCACAAUCGUCACUAGACAUUUGCAAAAUCGAGUCCAAUAAAGAUGUUGGUCACGCGGUUUUGGAGAGCUACUCAAGAGUAUUGGAGAGUUUGGCGAACACGGUGAUGAACCGUAUAGAGGACGUACUCUAUGCAGAUGAAUUGGCACAAAAUGAGGCAAAUAAAUCACCAACAUCUGAUCACACACCUGGUCAAACUCCACGUCACACUCCUACAGGAACACCUACAUCGACGACAAUAUCAGAUUUCAUGGGACUACUUAAUGAAGAACCAACCAACGCCAAGGUUGCAACCAAACCUAUACAUAGUUCAAAGAGAAGUAUGAGUUACUAUACCCCACUGGGUUUGAGUUUUCAAAUAGUGACUUAA